CCCAAACCUGUCACAUCUUUACUUUUCCAAUGCUCUCAAAACCGCAUAUGACAUAGUGUUUGCUAUUGAGAUAUAUUCUCCACCAGUACAUGCAUUACAGGAAGUGAAGGGGCUUCACAGAAACCAAAAGAAAAAUUCUAAUCUAAAUAAAGACACUGGCUUCAUGACUUCCUCUGUUAGAUCGAAGCUCGGCAGUGAGGACACAUUAUAAUCAUCAGCUAUACAGCCCUCAGAACAGUUACGAUGCCAACAUCAUGGAUCUCUGAGGCAAACCAUCAUGGAUCGUAACACAUCUUCACCAGCCAUGGAAGGCCACGUCCCCCAAGUGUACCGGACUGUUAGCCUAGUGUUUUAUGGGAUUAUUUUCAUCAUAGGCAUAGUGGUCAAUCUGACCGCACUCUGGGUCUUUGCCUUGACCACUAAAAGACGGAAUUCCAUCACUGUUUACAUGAUCAAUGUCGCUUUAGUGGACCUGGUAUUUAUCUUACUGCUGCCUUUUCGAAUGGUCUACUACGGUCAAGACUACUGGCCCUUUGGAGACAUGUUCUGCAGGAUCAAUGCCGCAAUAACGGUACUCUAUCCCUGCCUGGCUUUGUGGCUCUUUGCCCUCAUUAGCACAGAUCGCUAUGUGGCCAUAGUGCAGCCACGACAUACUCGAGAACUAAAGAGCGUUCGUAAAGCCUUGCUGUCCUGUGCUUUAGUCUGGAUUAUGACUCUGGGCAGCACAGCUCCGCUUGUUCUCUUGGAGGAAGACCCUGACCGUGACUCAAACUAUACCACUUGCAUCAAGAUGCACGACAUCAUCUACUUGCGGCGCGACAAUCCCGUCCACUUCGCACGCAUUGUCUUCUUCUUCCUGGUGCCAGUGUGCAUCAUGGUGGGCUGUUACAUGAUCAUCGUAGACAACCUCAUCCACGGUCGCACGUCCAAACUGAAACCAAAAGUCAAGCAGAAGUCCAUCCGGAUCAUCAUCACAUUGAUCAUUCAGGUGCUGGUAUGCUUUGUGCCUUUUCACAUCUGUUUUGUGUCCAUGCUGCUGGCCAGCAGUGAAAGGGGUUACAACACCUGGGGGGCCUUCACCACCUUCCUGAUGAACGUGAGCACAGUGCUGGACAUCAUACUCUUCUACAUUGUGUCGAAGCAGUUUCAGGACCGUGUGAUCAGCGUGAUCUUGUACAGAAACUACCUGAGGAGCGUUCGCAGGAAGAGCCUUCACACCAACAGCAUUCGCUCGCUCAGCAACCUGACCAGUGCCAUGAUCUGAGGAAUCAUGCAGAUGAUGGUAGCAAGUAGCAACUGAAUGUAAAUGUGUCAGCUUUGAAAUUGAAAUGACAGAUCUGCAGAUCAAGAUGAAAGAUCAUACUAAAGAGUGUGACAGCAGUUCAACUCAGACAGAUCACAUGUGCUACAGUGUCUAUCACUGCUCAUUUGCAUAAGGUUAAACUUUUAUUAGUUUUGCUGCCAAAUACGCAUCUCCACACACUGUACAAUAACUUUAUGUGUGAACAUGCUGCAGGUGUGUGUGAUGUUUUUAAAAUUCAAUUUAUGAAUUGGGAUGCUUCAGUUAGAGCCACAUAUAAUGCAAUAAUUAUAAAAUGUUUAAUAGUUUUCUCGGAUACAUGUAUGAGGCUAGAAGGGUUGCACUGUAAACCCGAAUGAAUAAAUUAAUCAAUUGGUGUUUAACUUGAAUUGAACAAAUAACUGACAUACAAUAACUGAAACUGAGAUAUAUUAAGUAAAUCUAAAUUAUUAACUUUCUUUAAUGAACUUAAAAUGGAGAGUAAAUGCUAAAAUUACGUAAUGUGAGAUUUAGUAGUGCUCAGUGUUUUGCUAGGCUAAUACCAUCAUGGCAAAGAGUGGAGCAUGAGUUCGGUUUAUGAAUCUUCUUUAUUGCCUCAUUCAGCAACAUACUAAUUAUAAACAUUGCUUUACCAAAUAGUACAUUAGUAUUUGCUGAAGUAGCUAUAGCAAAUUUAAGUUUUCACUACUAAGCAUAUGGAGAUUGCGCAACAAUUAAGUUAAAUGUACUGUAUGAGUUGGCUUAAUCAAAUAUUUUACAUUAAGAGCAAUCUUAAACUGAUUUUCUUAACUUAAAAUGAAAAAAAAAAUUUCCUUCGGGUUUACAGUGUGUUGCGAGAUAAUCACAGCAAGGUCUUUGAAAUAGUUUGUAUGGCAAAACUUUCUUUGCAGUCUUUGCACAAUCUGUGCAGAACAUGUUCCUUCUUUUGCUAAGCAUGCUUUUUGUCAUACCAAGUAUGAUCUUCAAAAACACUGCAUGUCUUUGAAGAGGUUAGUUCAAAAGGAGUGCAUAGUUGUAUAUUCGGUCUUUUUAGUGUAAAACAAGAUACUACCUUUCAAUGUGGAAUGUAAUGCACAUUAAAUUUCCCUUAAAGGGAAAAGAUAAUUCAAUGUAAGAGCACUUUAUCUCUAAUAAUUUGGGUAUUUAGUGAAAAUAAAAACAAAAAACUAACAAAUCACAAAAAAAACACACACAAACACAUACACACACACACACACACACACACACACACACAAACACAGACAGUGCACCAUUUUGUUUAAUACAUGCUGAUCACAAUUAAAACAGAACUGAAACAGGAUUUUGUUAUAGCACAUGGCAAUCAACUUGACCCGUAGUAUAUAAAGGGCCAGCAGGUGGCGCUACUGACCAGGGCACAUUUAUGCUACUCUGACAGUGCUUUAUCUCAAUAUCACCAUCAGGUGGUGUCAUGUAAUGUUAACAAAUUACUUGAAAGUGGCAUUGUAUCUGCUUAUAGUUUUAAAUGAUCUUUUCAAUUAAAAUUCUCUCUUUGUUUUCACUAACGUUCUAUAAAAUAUGUAACAUGACGGAUGGACUGAUUUUUUCUUUGGGAAGUUGACACAUUCUGUGGCUAUAUAAGUGCUUCUUUUCUCAUUCUGUUAUCAUUACUCUCCAUGUAUUGCAGCUUACUGAAAGACUAAUAUUUGUCAUUUUUUAAAAAUGCCAAAUUGCAGGAUAUUUCUGAUUAUAAGACCUUAUACAUUCAUAUCAAUUUUAAACUAAAAAAAUGAUGCUGCAAAAAAAAUAAAAACAAACAAUCAAUCUGUUAUGUAUCCAAUACCCACACACUUAAUGUAUACCCUGCACUUUACUUGAUUAAGCUUAAUUAAAAUUGAUAUAUACUUCUUAAA